AUGGAUACUAUAGAUAAAAGUUGGAUGGAUCUCCGAAGAUCCACCAAUGAGUAUGAUCGUGGAGUGAAGUAUUUUCUUGAUAAGGCAUUUGAACGAGCUUCUCAAGGAAAUGAAAUACUAUGCCCUUGUAAAAGGAGUUUUAAUCGGUAUUGGCAUACUCGAACGAUGGUGGAGAAUCACUUGUUUGGUUAUGGAUUUGUUAAUGGAUACACCAAAUGGGUUUUCCAUGGAGAAGGAUUUUCUUCAACAAAUAUGCCGCAUCCAACCAAUGAUGAUGAAACUUCCGACAUGCAUGACGAUAUCGAUGGACUACUUUAUGAUACUUUUAGGAAUGUAGAAGGUGAUCUGUUGCAUGAAGGAGUGAGAGAGGGAACAUCUGAAGAUGCAAAGAGAUUUUUCAAAUUAGUUGACGAAGGGAAACAAGAGUUGUACCUAGAGUGUAAGAAUUUUUCUAAGUUGAGUUUCACCAUUCGGUUGUACUUGUUUAAAUGCAUUCACGGGUUGAGUAAUGUAGCCUUUUCAGACUUAUUAGACUUGAUAAAAGAGGCAUUUCCAUUUGCUCAGCUACCCGAGUCUUUCAACAAGGCAAAAAAGGUGAUAAAAGAUUUGGGUCUUGGUUAUGAGAAAAUUCAUGCAUGCCCUAACGACUGUAUGCUAUUUUGGAAUGACAAUGCGAAGAUAGAUAAUUGCUCUGUGUGUGGUUCUUCUAGAUGGAAAAAUGUUCGUGAUGAUUUGACUAAUAAGAACACCAAAAUCCCAGCAAAGGUUUUAAGCCAUGAGAUGGCAACUGAACGACCCAAAGAUGGGAAUUUAAGACAUCCUGUUGAUGGGGAAGCUUGGAAGGAUUUUGAUUCAUUGCACCCGGAUUUCUCUAAAGAUCCUCGUAAUGUUCGAUUGGGUCUUUCAAGUGAUGGUUUCAAUCCAUUCCGAACCAUGAGCAUUUCCUAUAGUACAUGGCCAGUUAUGUUAAUGAACUAUAAUUUGCCACCAUGGAUUUGCAUGAAGCCGGAGUAUAUAAUGUUGUCAAUGAUCAUUCCAGGUCCAUCGUCUCCUGGAAACGAUAUAGAUGUGUUCCUACAACCGCUAAUUGCAGAGUUGAAGGAACUAUGGGAAAUGGGAGUGGAAACAUAUGAUGCUGAAACUAACCAAACAUUUCUAAUGCGUGCAGCUUUAUUGUGGACAGUUAGUGAUUUUCCAGCACUAGCAAUGCUUUCCGGAUGGAGCACCAAGGGGAAAUGGGCAUGCCCCACCUGUAAUUAUGAUACUUGCUCUCAAUAUCUCAAACAUAGUCGUAAGAUGUGUUACUUGGGUCAUCGAGCAUUUUUACCUCCUGAUCAUCCAUUCCGAAGAGAUAAGAAAUCAUUUGAUGGUAAAGAGGAGCAUAAAGCUGCACCUACUCCCUUAUCAGGCAUAGAAGUGCUUGAAGAGCUACGUGAAUUCAAUAAUGUCAUUGGGAAGGGCCGAAAGAAAAGGGCUCGGAAGAGUGAUGGUCCAUGGAAGAAAAGAUCCAUAUUUUUUAAAUUUCCAUAUUGGGCACAUAACAAAUUGAGGCACAAUCUUGACGUGAUGCACAUAGGGAAGAAUAUAUAUGAUAGUUUGCUUGGGACUUUGUUAGAUGUACCUGGAAAGUCCAAAGAUCAUGUAAAUUCUCGCUAUGACUUGCACGAGAUGGGGAUACGCAAGGAGCUUCAACCAUUUAAAGAUGAUAAGAAUGGUAAAAUUCAUCUGGCUAAAGCUUGUUUCUCUAUGAAACCAGAGGGGAAAAGGUUGUUUUGCACUGUUUUAAAAAAUGUCAAAUUACCAAAAGGGUGUGCCUCUAAUAUAUCAUGUCGUGUGCAAAUGGAGGAGAUGAAAGUAUCAGGAUAUAAGAGCCAUGAUGCUCAUUUCAUAAUGCAGUACUUGCUUCAGGUUGCGGUUAGGAAAGUGUUACCCAAGAAUGUGUCUUUGGCCUUGAUUAGGUUGGGGAAUUAUUUUAGAACCAUAUGUAGUAAGGUUAUAAGAAGAAGAGAUCUUGAUAAAAUGAAGGCUGAAAUCAUAGAUAUAGUAUGUGACCUUGAAAAGAUUUUUCCUCCAACCUUUUUUGAUAUAAUGACACAUUUGCCUAUCCAUUUAGUAGAUGAAAUUAAGCUUGGGGGUCCGGUUCAUUUGUGUUGGAUGUAUCCUAAUGAGAGAAACAUGUGUAAGUACAAGGGGUUCGUUCGGAAUCGAUCCAAUCCAGAAGGAUCAAUAGCGGAGAGUUUUAUGGCCGAAGAGUGUUUGACCUUUUGUUCAAGAUACCUACAUGAUGGGGUGAAGACAAGAUUUAAUAGGUAUCAGACCGAGGAUGAAGAUGUUCAAACAAAGGGAAAUGAUUUUUCACAUAUAUUUCCUAAGACAGGCCAUCCAAUUGGAAGUAAGAAGAAAAGGAAAGGCAAGACAUUUGACAUGGAUAGUCAUCAGUGGGUUGAAGCACAUCGGUAUGCUUUGUUCAAUACUAGAGAUGAACAAGUAGAGACGUUUAUCAAGGAACAUAAGAGUAUAACUGAUAAACGUGGUAGAGGAAAUGCAUGGGCAAAAGCACGAAUUCAUAGUUGA